CGAGUCCCUGGGAGAGUGGAGGCUCAUUCACUGAUUAGAGCCAGCGCUGAGAGGCAGCACUGCUCUUCUCUCACGCCAACCGAGUCUCUUGAUCUGUACAUGCAAUCCCAGGCAGCUCGCGAGCACAACCCCGGGGCCAGCCGCCUGCUGCUGCUGCUGCCGCUGCCGCCGCCGCCGCCGCCGCUGCCUCCGCCGGCUCUGCGCACCCGGGACCUUUCAUGCACCACCCUCUCGGGCUCCUCACCUCGGUGUCCUGAGAAGCGCGCCCGUCCUCGCCAGGAAUUUCCACGGUCUGCGAAGGGCAUGAUUCCCCAGUAAUAACCCUCGCCCUGAUCCACAGUGCAGGUUGGCCUCCCUCCCAGGGAAGACUGCUUCUUGUGUGACGCCGGUCAUCGAAAGACACUCCGAUGGACUUACACCGGGCAGCCUUCAAGAUGGAGAACUCAUCCUACCUUCCCAACCCCCUGGCGUCCCCAGCACUGAUGGUCUUGGCGUCCACCGCCGAGGCCAGCCGGGAUGCCUCCAUCCCUUGUCAGCAGCCGAGGCCCUUUGGUGUCCCCGUCUCCGUAGACAAGGAUGUGCAUAUCCCCUUCACUAAUGGCUCCUACACCUUUGCUUCUAUGUACCAUCGGCAAGGUGGGGUGCCGGGCACUUUCGCCAACCGUGAUUUCCCCCCUUCCUUGCUACACCUCCACCCUCAGUUUGCUCCCCCAAACUUAGAUUGCACCCCAAUCAGUAUGCUAAAUCACAGUGGCGUGGGGGCCUUCCGUCCCUUUGCUUCCACGGAGGACCGAGAGAGCUAUCAGUCAGCCUUCACGCCAGCCAAGAGACUCAAGAACUGUCAUGACACUGAGUCUCCCCACCUGCGCUUCUCAGACGCAGAUGGCAAGGAAUAUGACUUUGGGACACAGCUGCCAUCCAGCUCCCCUGGCUCCCUUAAGGUUGAUGACACUGGGAAGAAGAUCUUCGCUGUGUCUGGCCUCCUCUCCGACCGGGAAGCCUCCUCGAGUCCGGAGGAUCGGAAUGACAGAUGUAAGAAGAAAGCAGUAGCGUUGUUUGACAGCCAGGCCCCGAUCUGCCCCAUCUGCCAAGUCCUGUUGAGGCCCAGCGAGUUGCAAGAACAUAUGGAGCAGGAACUGGAGCAGCUGGCCCAACUGCCUGCCAGCAAAAAUUCCCUUCUGAAGGAUGCCAUGGCUCCAGGCACCCCCAAGUCCCUCCUGUUGUCUGCUUCCAUCAAGAGAGAAGGAGACUCCCCGACGGCCUCACCACACUCUUCUGCCACCGAUGACCUGCACCACUCAGACAGAUACCAGACCUUCCUGCGAGUGCGAGCCAACCGGCAAACCCGAUUGAAUGCUCGGAUUGGGAAAAUGAAACGGAGGAAGCAAGAUGAAGGGCAGGUAUGUCCCCUGUGCAACCGCCCCCUGGCAGGAUCGGAGCAGGAGAUGAGUAGGCAUGUGGAGCAUUGCCUGUCUAAGAGGGAAGGCUCCUGCAUGGCUGAGGACGAUGCCGUGGACAUCGAGCAUGAGAACAGCAACCGCUUCGAGGAGUAUGAAUGGUGUGGGCAGAAGCGGAUACGGGCCACCACACUCCUGGAAGGUGGCUUCCGAGGCUCCGGCUUCGUCAUGUGCAGUGGCAAAGAGAACCCAGACAGUGAUGCUGACCUGGAUGUGGAUGGGGAUGACACUCUGGAGUAUGGGAAACCACAAUACACAGAGGCCGAUGUCAUCCCUUGCACAGGAGAAGAGCCUGGUGAAGCCAAGGAGAGAGAGGCACUCCGGGGCGCAGUCCUAAAUGGCGGCCCCCCGAGCACCCGCAUCACACCUGAGUUCUCCAAAUGGGCCAGUGAUGAGAUGCCAUCCACCAGUAAUGGUGAAAGCAGCAAGCAGGAGGCCAUGCAGAAGACCUGCAAGAACAGCGACAUUGAGAAGGCUGCUGGACAGCGCCACAGGAUUUGAGAUGAGCCGGCCAUCCUGCUGCUACCUUUCCAGAAGCCCAAGAAAGACCAGUGCUGGCCCCAGGAGGUGCAGUUGUCCAGUCUGGGCUGCCUGGAAUGGCUGCCAUUGGCCAUUGAUUCUUUCUCUGAACCUACCCCUCCCUCCAGCUGGAGGAUGGGUUGCCUGGGGUUAAAAGGUAGCCUCUUCAUUCUAGGGCCAGUGUUCCAUCUUGCCUCCUGCCAGAAGAGUGGCUUGCAGGCCAGUGCAGGGCUGGGUCGGUGGCCUGGGUCACCUCCCAUUUGUUUCCCUCCAUUUUGUGUUGUCAUAAAUUCAUUCCAGCCCGUUGUGCUUGAUCAGUUUAUCUCGGCCGGGGCCGCAAGUGCUGCUGGCAUGAUGUAUGGGCCGCAGCGCAGGGCCCGGCUGCCCAUGAAUCACCGCAGCUGCUCCGUGUCAUCGCCGGAGCGGGCCAUACGGAUUCGGUGCAACCAGCUUAGGGAGGGGGGGUGACGUAUGGAUGUUUAUUUAAUAAUUCUCUUCUACUCCAGCUGAGCGGGGCGGGCGGGGCUGUAAGGGGCGCCCACCCUCGUCUGGAGGGGCUGCUCAUAAAUCAGAAAGACAAGAUCAUUAAUCAAGGAUGCUGCCCGAGGGGGAGGCAGGGGCCAGAGGCAGUGGCCAUCCAUGAAGGUGCUACCCACCCAAGGCUGGGGGAAGCCAGUGUUUCUCUCCCACCUGUGUGAGCACAGGCUCCAGUGGGUGGGGCACUCUAGGACAAGGUGGGACUGCUGCUGCCAGACAGAGGUCUCCAUUGGGUCUAGAUCCACCGGGACUGAUGCUCUUCAGUCCCCGUGACGUCCUAGUUCCAUCUUACACCCAGGGAAGGGGAAGAGAAGGGUACCUGGCUUCCUCUAGGAAUCUGCCCUAAGGGGGCUCAGAAAAAGCUGUCAUGCCAGCCUCAGUCCUGCACCAAUCAAAUUAGAGAUGCUGUUUGUACUGAGCAGUUCAUUCUGGAGCUGUCUUCCAGCCCUCUGUGGCUUUGGAGUUCUUGGGGCUUAACCUUAGAAUGUAGUCCUUAGAAAGGUAGGAGAGCAUGGCUCCCAGUCCAUGUUGAAAAUUUACCAACAUUCCACACAGGGAUGAUACCUAUAGCAUUGAGCAAAAUGCCAAAGAAGAAGCUAAUGAAGAAGAGAACAGUGAAGGCUUCCCAGAGUCUUGAGAUUGAGCAAGGAGGUUCAGGGAACCUGCUAGCACUAAAAGGAGCUGGCACAAGCCUUCCCAGUGUCCCUGGAGAAGUGGGUAGAUAGUUACGGGGCCCAUCAUGUACACCCCCUUGGGAGUCACAUUGUGGAUUGCUGCUGGUGUCCUUAAAAAAAAAUAGACGUUGAAAUUUGUUGUCCAUUAAAUGUUACUGCUACCAGCUGGGCAUGGGAGUACACCCCUAUAAUCACUACACUCCAGAGGCUGAGAAAGGAUCAUGGGUUUGAGGGUAACCUAAACUGCAAAUGCAGUUUGAGGUUAACCUGAGAUAUGUAGAGACAUCAUCUCAAAAACCUAAAAUGAACGUGUCCCCAUGACCUUCCUUAUAGUGCCUUCUGACUGUCAUGUCCAGUAGUUGACCACCUGUAAGUUCUGCAGCUUUGUAAAUGCACUGUCCCCAUGGGAACAGCCUCCUUCAGAACACUGCAUCCCCACACCAUUACCGGGUGCCUCCACUGAAGCCUCCCUACCUCUGUGCAGUCCUGAUGAAAUGCAUCUUUUAACCCUCCCCUCUUUUGUCAUAUCCCACUCCUAUCCCAGGCGCUCAUAACCAGUUCCUGCUGCUGCCUGGAGCAGUCUUCUUUCUCACUUUGUGCCUGCUUGACUUCCAGCCUGCAUGGGCUCGUGGGAUGCUUAGCUUUUGUCACUACUAUUCCUUGGCCUAGAGACUCCUCCUGAAAGCAAUCUGGACUGGGUCUGUCACAGUCUGGACAUCUUCAGAUGUAAAAUGAGCAUUUUCCCACAGGGGUUUUAUGAGGCAUAAUAAAUAUCAGUUCCUGGGUAAAAAUCCCAGGCAGCUAAUAGGUACUUAAUAAAUUUUAGCUGUUUUGUUUAGUAUUGUUACUCUCUAAGGCACAUUCCCAAUACCGUUGUUUGUUCUACUCCAGGAAGCAUUUCUCUCCUGAGAGUGUUCGUUGGUGCUGUUGCUUUUCAGAGGGGUGGGAGGGAUCUUUGAGAUUAUCCUAACUAUUCCUUGUUUUUCUAUGCUGCUGGUUUUGUUUCAUCUUAGAUCACAGAUUUAAGACUACCUAGAACAGUUAGGUCCUGAAUCUUCCAUCUUUUCCCUGAAGGUUGGACUGGCAGCUUUCUCUCAUGCUCACAUGUCCCAAGCAGGGAUAUGCCACUAGUAAAUCGUCACUAGUAAUGUUUCGGCAAGUGAGCCUUUGCCUUCAGGGAACUGGGCCUUGCUGAGUUUGGGUUAAUAAAGUGAUCCUUAGAAACGUGAGUUCAAGGGCUGAGGGUAUAGCUCAGUUGCUGGAAUGCUUUCCCAGCGUGUUAAAAGCCCUAGAUAGAAUCCCAGCACUCAGAAGGGCAGGAAGUACUUUUUUAAAAUAUCACAAUGAAAUCUCAUACUUUGUAUGUUAAUUUAAAAAUAUAAAGGGGCUGGAGGUGGCCCAGCAAUUAAGAACACUGGCUGCUCUAGCAGAGGACUCAGGUUCAGUUCCCAGCAGCCACAUAGCAGCUCACAACUGUCUGUCCCUCCAAUUCCAGGGGACCUGAUGCCCUCUUCUGUCCUCUACAGGCACAGCAUGUAAAGUAAAUUUUUUUGGUUUUUGAGACAGGGCUUCUCUGUAUAGCCCUGGCUGGAACUAGCCCAGGUUGGCCUCCAACUCACAGAGAUCCACCUGCCUCUGACUCCCGGGUGCUGGGAUUAAAGCUGUGCGCCACCAUAGCUACCCCCCCCCAAUUUUUUAAAUAAAUUUUGAGAUUUAGUUUUAAAAUUUCAAGGUUAUUCUCAGUUAUAUACAGAACUUGAGGGCAGCCUGGGCUACCUGAGACUUUUCGUUUGGUUUAUGUUGAGACAGGGUAACCCUGGCUGUCCUGAACUUACUUUGUAGACCAGAGUGACCUCAAAACUCAGAGAUACCUGCCUACUUAUGCCUUCCAAGUGCUGGGAUUAAAGACAUGUGCCACCAUAUCUGGAGAGACCAUUUAGAACAGAAACCCCUAAGGCCACAGCGUGGUGCUGUGGUAAGAGCAGCGGUGGAGGUUGCAGAGGUGCUAGGAAGAGGUGACAGGCUUAGAAGCUGAGUAAGGGUUGAGUAAGGGUGUGCUGGAGGUCGCCCCCGCCCCCGAUCAUGUGGACAUGCAGGGGUACUGAGUCUAGCUUGGUGGGGUUGGCAGGUGGCAAUGUGAAGAGGUUCUUCGUGUGGAAGGUUCUGGGUGGAGGGACCACCUUGCUUUCCCGCUGUGCGUUGUC